GCUCUUCCAUCAGUUUACCAAAAACAAAAUGGCGACUUCCAUAUUAUCCCGUCAAUCUCAAGUGGCUAAUGUUUCUUUCGAACAAGAGCAAGAUGCGAAUUCGGCUUUAACUGAAUUAGAUAAAGGUAGUUUCAUAAAUAUGCCCCAAUUUCUAAUAGGCCUAUUUAUUGGAAUUGAAAAGGACAUGUCAACAUAAUUUUUUGGGGACCAAGUUCAAUACCAAAAAUAAGAAACAAAAUAAUUUCUGGGGAGGGGAGACCACUCCCUCAUCAUUUAACUCUUUCCCUGCGGCGCAAUGCACAGUACCUUUAUUACCAUUGCUUAAAACAAUAUACUUAUACGAACAUGCUGUGCGUUGUUUCUUUGCUGUUUCUCUGUUAAAUGUUUUAAUAGCAAUUUUUUAUUUGGACUUUUACAUAGAAGAGUGGUACUUCACUGGUCAUGACUAUCUAUCAAGAUGGUGGCCGUGUAUAACAAAAAAGUGAAAAUUCAACAAAUGAAAAAUAAAAACACUAAAUGGGUAAAAUCAUACAAAUUUAUUGAAAUAAUUUCAGCCGUACAUAAAUUUCAUGUCGAGCAAAGUUACAACAUCCUGCGGUUGCCCAUUUGCAGCCAUAAUUUAAGCUGGUACAUGCUCCUUUGACUUUGGUAAAUUUGAAGGACGGAUGCCACUAUUUUAUUGAUGGCCGCCAUCUUGGUUGCCACGACACGUGAAGUCACGUGAAGCCUCAACCAAGAUGGCGGCCAGAAAAGUAGUGCAAAACACGUGUUAUGAAAAAGGGAAAAUGAGGGGAGGGAGGGGAGGAGAGAAAAUGUGUUCAUAAAAAAAAAAAAAAAAAAAAAAAAAAAAAAAAAAAAAAAAGGAAACCCCACCCCAAACCCCCCCCCCAAAUAAAAAAAAAAAAAAAAAAAAAAAAAAAAACAAACACAAAAAAAAACAAAAAAAAAAAAAAAAAAACAAAAAAAAAAAUGUCGUCGUCGUUUCUCCAAUGGUGACCAGCCUAGUGUUUCUAGCAUGCUGCCAACACUAGAGGUAUUCCUGUAGCGGUUUAGGACAAAGCGUGCUGCUCGUCGCUGGACCGCCUCCAACCUGUCAAUGCUCUUCUGGGUAAAUGGGUCCCAGACUGAAGAUGCAUAAUCUAAAACCGUUCGUUCACCAUACAAAUAGUCUACAGUAAAUUAAAACUACAUUAAAACAUUACUAAAAAAAUUUUGCCCCCCACCCCCCAGAAAGUUAAUUGAUUUUUUUGCCCCCCCCCCAGAAAGUUUUCUGCGGGCGCCCAUACUCACAACAAACUUACCUUUUGCACCCCCCUCCCCUCUCCGCCUGCAUUUUUUACAAAUGCGUAAUGCCAAUGUAAAAUUAAAUCAACGAUAUUUAAUUAUUGUUAAAAGACUUUUAAAAAUCACUGCCGUGUUUCGUAUUUAUCAUUAUACUAUUGUUUAGUGUUGACACAUGCUUGGUAUCACAAUGUCAAUGCCUCGGAUAACUUUAACUUCACGACUUCAUGAUCAAUGUACGAGUAUGUGAUUCUGUUACCGUAGUGUAUUUGUGGUGUAAUUAUAUCUUGGUGCUAACAAAAUAGAUUCACUGGCUUUCCAUUCAUUUUUACACCACGCCCCGAGGGAUCACAUACAAUGUUAUAUUUACAAUGCCCACCCCCAACAAAACAAAACAACACAACAACUGGGUUUGGGGGGGGGGAGAAUAAUUUCAAAUUAGCUACCCUUUUUAUGCCUAUUAAGAUUCACAAUCAUAUGAUAAAACUUACUACAAUUAAUAAAUAUAUUUGUAUUUCAAUAUAUUGGGGGGGGGGGAGAAAGUGGUUAACUUAAAAAAUAAAUCAUGGUUUAACCUUACACCCCCAGCCCCCUCCCUUCUAAAAAUUAAUAAAAAAUGCUUUACAAGUACUUUGCCCCAUAAGCGUGGAACUUAAUCAAUAUCUUCCCAAGGUGCUAAACGAAUUUGAAAUAAAUAGUUUUCAAUUUUAACACGAGUAUAACAUUAAAUCUACAAGUACCGGUUAGGCCAAAAAGUUAAAGACUNAUUUCUGGGGAGGGGAGACCACUCCCUCAUCAUUUAACUCUUUCCCUGCGGCGCAAUGCACAGUACCUUUAUUACCAUUGCUUAAAACAAUAUACUUAUACGAACAUGCUGUGCGUUGUUUCUUUGCUGUUUCUCUGUUAAAUGUUUUAAUAGCAAUUUUUUAUUUGGACUUUUACAUAGAAGAGUGGUACUUCACUGGUCAUGACUAUCUAUCAAGAUGGUGGCCGUGUAUAACAAAAAAGUGAAAAUUCAACAAAUGAAAAAUAAAAACACUAAAUGGGUAAAAUCAUACAAAUUUAUUGAAAUAAUUUCAGCCGUACAUAAAUUUCAUGUCGAGCAAAGUUACAACAUCCUGCGGUUGCCCAUUUGCAGCCAUAAUUUAAGCUGGUACAUGCUCCUUUGACUUUGGUAAAUUUGAAGGACGGAUGCCACUAUUUUAUUGAUGGCCGCCAUCUUGGUUGCCACGACACGUGAAGUCACGUGAAGCCUCAACCAAGAUGGCGGCCAGAAAAGUAGUGCAAAACACGUGUUAUGAAAAAGGGAAAAUGAGGGGAGGGAGGGGAGGAGAGAAAAUGUGUUCAUAAAAAAAAAAAAAGAAUAUAAAUGAAAGGAAAGAAACAGGGAGACCCCUCCCCAGAUCCCCUCCCCAAUUUAACAAAAAAUAUAUAAUAAGAAAAUAAUCGAUCCCUAAACCUAACCUGAAUCCUAAAUAGAUACCUAGCCCAAACUCUAAAACUAGCCCUGAAGCCGUGAGUAAAAACACAUGGAAUUUACACAAUUUGGCAGGAAAAUUAGGAAAAUGAACAAAAACAAGAGAAAUGGCAAAAAAUUAUUAUAAAAUAAAGAAGAAAUAAUGAAAACCCAACUUACAGCUUCAUGAAAUACACUUUUACACACUUUAUUUCAAGUUUCACAGAAAAUAAUAUCCACAACAUGAUGAUGAAAAGAAAGAACAAUUUUUUUUAACUUACCACGAUGGCGUAAAACAAUCAACUGACGUAACAUUUAAGCACUCCUUUCUAUAUUCCCAUCAUGUUAAAGUACCAAAUAAAAAAAAUAAUUAAUCUAUUUUUCAGUAAUAUUUUUAACAUUCUCAAAUUUCCACUCGCUCAAACUGACACUUAAUAAACAAACUCCAAUUUGCCACCACUGCUUUGUUAACAAAAAACAAUAAAAUAUUAAACAUUCCUCGGGCGCAUGAAUACUACUACAUUAAUUAAGAAAAAACAACAUUUCUAAAAAUAAAUAAAGGGAAGUGACUCUCAAACGUAAACAAUACCCAAAAGACGCCGUGGCAGCCGUCCUUAACAUUAGCCGCUCCUUUCCCUCAACUAAACAAUGUGUGUGACUACAAUUACACACUGUGGUAAGAAAAAUGUAAAACUGAAGAAAUCAUUACCAAUGGCGCUACAACCCAUGUAGGGCCCUGGCCUGCUCCACCACAUCCUUCCAUUCGGAGCGAUCCAUGGCUUUCCGCCUCCAUGCACGAACCCCCAACUGGUGUAAAUCCGUCUCCACAUCAUUGAUCCAUCUCAGCCUUGGGCGACCCGUGAGUUGUCUGCCCCUUGGCUUCUGCCUGUAUAUAACUAUUGCCGCUCUACUCUCCGGCAUCCUUUGAACAUGUCCUGCCCAGCGUGAUCUGCCUUUUUUUAUCAUUGUGACUAUAGGUGGGUCUUUGUACAAAUGUUAAAGUUCUUGGUUUGUACGGAUUCUCCAGAUAUCAUUUUCUAUCACUGGACCGUAUAUUUUUUGGAGGAUUUGCCUCUCUCAUGUGUUGAGCAGGUUCUCUGCUUUUCUGGAAAGGGUCCAGGUCUCACUAGCGUACGUUACUACUGGUCUUAUGAUAGUAUGAUAGUGGUGUAUAUUGUCUUCUUUGUUCCCCUUGAGAGGUUUUUGCUUCCCAGUUGCUUUUGUAGGCUGAAAUAGGAACGGUUACCUGCUGUUAUCCUUUCUUUCACCUCCGACAUUAUCUCAUUGUGCUCAUUUAUAGUUACCCCUAGAUAUUUGAAUGUAGCCACUCUCUCAAAUUUGUGGUUGUUUAUGUUGAUGUUAUCAUCAGCAUGGGAGUUUCUUGACAUUAUCAUCAUAUAUUUUGUCUUCGGUUCAUUUAUGUCAAGACCAGCUUUGACUGAGGCAUUUUCAAGUUCCAUGAAUGCUUUGAUUAUGUCCUUACAGUUUCUACCCAGUUUCUACCCAGUAGCGCUAUAUCAUAUGAAGAAAAGCAAUACAAAAUAAUUUUAUAAUAAUGAAAACCCAAAUUACAGUUUCAUAGGAUACACUUUUAAACACUUUAUUUCAGGUUCCACCAAAAAAAAAUCCAAAAGUUGUCAGAAAAUAAACACAAUACUCUACCCAUUUUCCAAAAUGGAAGAAAAUUUAAAUAUUAUAAUUAACCAACUAAUGCAAAUUUAAUUAAAAACAUUCCAUUGUCAUAUUAAAUAAAGUUAUUUCAAGUAACAACCCAAGAAAAAACAAAAGGGAGAGAAUCCUAAACAGACACACAUCAUGUCGCGGUUUGUUUAAAUUAGCCAGGCAAUGUAUGACAGCAUGCUUUGAUUUUUUGUUAGUUUGGCUUUCUGAACACCGUCUUAUACCACACAGCAAUUCAACAGAGAUAACUUUUGUUUCUUUCUUACAUUUUUCUUCUUUUCCUUUUUUUUGUCUUUCUGGAGAUGUUGAUGUUGAAGAGGUGGAUGAAGAUUGCAAUCUUCAAAAAAUGCAUAAAUACAUUUAAAUAGGGCAUGAGAUGUAAACAAUUAUGUCUUAAAUUAUUGGCGGUUGUUAGGUUGGUAGGCACAUAAAAAAAAAAAGUAGCACACAACACAGGAAAAAAAAAGUACAUUUUAAGAGAAUGGUUUAAAAAUUAGAGAUACAUUGGUCCAAGGUGAUCAUCUCAACAACAAGUUAAAUGAUAUGAAAUCAAAAUUUUUGCUCCAUAGCUCUACGAUCGGGACAGAUUGGAAUACAAUGUGAAGCGGUGGUUAAGUUUCCACGACUGUUUGAGAAAUAUCCAUUUCCCAUUCUGAUUAAUUCAGCAAUGCUUAAAAUUGCUGAUGUCUUUCGAGGAGGGUAAGAAACUGAAUGCUUAAAUGGUACAGAAAUUUUUAUUAUUUUGGAUUCUGAAGAAUUUAGGUCUUCGUUUGUUUCUCAACAGGAAUAAAUUUUAAAAUGUUAAAUUUAAUAUUUUAAUAGGUAUCAAUAUUGUUUUUUUGUUUUUUUGGUUGCUGCUUGAAAAAAAAAAUGUUUAUUUCAGGAACAAUUUUAUCAGGCUUUGUAUUCUGAGAGUUACACAACAAAGUGAGAAGCACUUGGACAAGAUUUUCACAGUCGAUGAGUUUACUCGCAGGAUAUUUGGUGUAAUUCAUAGCAAUGACCCAGUAGCAAGGGCUAUAACCCUCCGGUAAAGUUAUAUUUGCAUGUCAGAAAUUAAAACUCAUCAAUACCCGUAAAAAAGAAUUAAAUUUGUAUCUUAUUGAACUGUCAAAGUUACCACAUAAUCAACUGCAUUUUUUUUAUACCGGGAAUAUAUAUAUUUUUUUUAAACCCCACUUACAUAACUUUUUUUAAUCAUUAAGUAAUGUCAUGGGGGGGGGGAUGAUUGCAAAAAAGAAAGGUAAAAGCCAAUAUUAACACAAAGCUUGAAGUGAAUGAACAUAGUUAGGGGGGAAAUGGGGAGUGGGGAGGUUUCAUCUACAUACCAAUAGGACAAGAAGUAGAAGGAAUAGACUUAUGUAAAAAAACAGAAAAUUUUUGGGAGUUUGUUUUUUUUAACAGAUGAGAGUGUAGAAAUGUGUCCCAUAAUGUCUUAAAUUGCUACCCAGUAAUUUAAAACUAAAAAUAAAACUACCGACAUAAUAAUUUAACAUAGGAGUUUCUUAAAUUUCUUUUAGUCUCCAUUUAAAAAAAAAGAAGAAGUUGAGGUAUGUUUUAAUUAAAUUGAAAUGUACUGUUUUCAGUACACUAGGCAGUGUGGCCAGUAUUAUAUCAGAGAAAAAGACAGUUCACCACAGUAUCAUUUUGUGUCUUGACUCCCAUAAUGCAGUGGAAGUAGAGGCAGCCAUAUUUGCAGCAGAAAAAUUUUCAGAGAAAUCAAAGUGAGUUCAUUAUUUGUUUUCCCCUUUAAAAAUUUUUUCUCACUCAGCCAUUAUUCAUUGAAUGUGAAUAGUUGUUUCUCUAAAUGGCUUGAAUUUAUAUUUGUUAUAGAUAGCUUUACUUAUUGUUUUUAUUUGUGUGUGUGUCAUGCAGGAAUUAUUGCAUUUGCCUUAGAGUUUGAAGAAGGCAGCUUAUUAAAUUAUUUUAUUGACAUAAUGUUCAAGCAACUGAUUCUUCAAGGACCUGUGACCUAUGUUCCAAAUUCAUAUAGAUUGGAGGGUGUAUGGAGAGGGGGUGAAGCGCACAUUAUCGUGCUAGGGUAGACAGAUUUCUCUGUUUUCUUGCAGCCAGUCCAAUCAUUAGUUGUAAAGCAAACUCAUCAGUUCUGCAUAUUUGUCUAUCAGGAUGUUUGCUGCCAGUGUUUGCAGUAAAAUUGGUCUAAUGAUUGCUGGGCUGGCUACCCCAACUGAGAUGAAGCUGAAACUUGUCCCCAUCCUGCAGCACAUGCAUCAUGACACAGAAACAGCUACCAAGGUUAAACUGCAUCUGCUUGUAAUCUUAUUUAGUUUCAUGAUGAUAUUUUAAACUUUUUACAUGACAAUGUUCUGAUUUGAAAUAGGGAUUCCCUCUUUUUUUUUCUUUUUUUUUUUGUCAACUGGUUCUACAUAAGUUAUGCCUUUUUGAAACGUAUUAAAUCUCUUUGAUAUUGGUGAUGAAUGACGUAAAUAGCACGAGAACGUGAGAACAUGUUCCCUGUUUGAGGAUAGAUCUGGCGGCACCCUGACUCCAUAAUUACAAUAAUAAAAUGUAUUUCUUCUUAAUGUUAGAUGAUUAUCGACCCUUUACAGAGGGACAUCAUUUUAUUUGAGCAGCACACCUUUCUAAACAGUCACGGUGCUUCAAGUAACUAUCCCAGUCGAUAGUUUUAGUAAUAUCAUUUGAUCUUCUGUCCUGUAGGCCAGUGAACUGUGCCAGUCUGUGCUGACAUGCUACCCUGCCAGAAAAUUUGUCACCUUGACACUGGACACCUUGACCAAGCUGACAGUCAAGUCACUGUUGCGCCUGCAGGAACAUGUGGUCAGGCUGCUCUCGUAUCUGAUCUCCGACCCGAGGAGCAGUGUCAAAGCUGUCUGUUUGGACAACCUAAGGUUACUGGCCCUAAGAGCAGCUUAUCUGUGGACAGGUGACAACUUAGAGGUAAUAUAAUAGGACUUUUUAGUUAACUUUUUAAAUUGUGACUUGAAUUACUACUGGAUAAAAAUGUCAAAUUAUCUGUGGAAAUUAUAUUUUACAAAUUUGUUGUGAGCAGUUUAAAAGGAACAGAAAUUUUUAUAAGGUGUUGAUAUGUUAGCUUUCAUAUUUGUCCUAUUUCUCCCAAUUAUUUCAGGAAAUAGCAAAGUUUUCCCUACAGACAUCAUCUCAUGUUCUCAAGAUUAAAGCUGUUCGUGUUCUCAAUGCUGUUUGUGGGAAUGUUGCUGUCACACUCUUAGAAUUAUCACCAGGUACUAUGUUUUAAAUGUGGGCUUCCAGUAAAGUGUCUGCAACCUGAAGUGCUGAUGUACCAACCGAUAGAAACCCUUUCCUCAGGGACUAAAAAAAAAAUAUAUUAAAGGAAAUAAGCCAAACAAAGUACGGGAAAACCUGGAAAAAUGGCACACAAAAAAAACGAAAGUGUCGACAAGAAGUCUUCUUUAUUGAACAGACGAGUAAAAACAAUAUAGAAAUUCACUUAACACAUAGCUGCAAUGUAGUAAUAUAUAUUUAAAAAACAUGAAUGUUCUUCUGAGAUUUUUGUGCUUAACAGUACAUCAAAAGAUGCAUUUCAGUUUAGAAUAUGAGGGAAUGUGAAAUAGAAUAAAAACAUCGAUUAAGGGAUGGUUAUUUUCAAAACAUUAGCAAGGUCUUUAAUCUACAUACAGGUAGAAUUAUAAGAAAACAAAACAAUUGUGUUUGUCUUAUGUGUCAAACUUAUAAAAGGAAUGAAAAAGCCUAGCAGUUAAACUCAAAAAGUAACAAAACGGCUGUAACAAUUUGUAUAGACUGAUAAAGAAUUUUUGAGUUUUCCCUAAAUCCUGUCACAAUGAAACAAUGAUGAAUUGUGUUUCUUCCUUAUUUCAGACACACCUGUCCUGGAAGUGUGUCGAGAAUUUUGUUAUGAGCCCAGCACAGAGUUGGCCACACAGGGGAUAGAGCUGCUGACUAACUUGGCUAAGGUCAAAGGUAAUGAGCUUUCAAAGUGCAACACAGGGGCUCUCAACCUGUAAAGGGGGAUUAUGGAACAUUAAUAGUUUUUUAAAAUGCAUCUUUUUCUUUAAUGCACAUUAAAAUGUAUCAAAACGCACUAUUAAAGUAAAUGACAAUGUAAUGUAAUGUGUGAGUGUAUUUGAUUAGUAAUUAAAUAUUUAUUUUUUAGAAUGUCUGGUACAAACUAUAUAAUUAUAAAUAUACAUUUACAUAAAAGUUGAAUUGUUUAUUUAAAUUCUGUUCUUCCCAGGUCUAGGAGUGACUUGUGAUCUUACUGCCGAGGCUGUUGGUGCCAUUCAGACACAUGUCAUGCUCUUAGCCAGUGACAGAGACAAAGUACAACACCUGAAGAUGGUCCUGAAGUGUGCCGUCACCAUCUGUCAAACCUGUCGUCAAGUCAGUGACAAGGUUGUUCAGACAUUGACAAGUUUACUGGGAACAUCAGAAGGCAAAUGUGUUUUUACUUUUGUUGUUAGAAGUUUAUAUUUUUCAAAAGCUUCAAUGCUGAAUUUCAAUUUCAUAUGGUGCAGUUGUCAAUUUAGAGGCUAUGACCUUGUUUCAAUCAGCAGUUUACUGCUAAAUUGCCAUGCUUUUUCCUUAUGGCUUUUAAGACAUUGUUAGAAAAUAAUUAAGUUUUUAGCUCUGUCUUGUCUUUCUCUGCUGGACUGAUUAACAUUGGCAUUUACACAGAUUUGAUGAAUGUUAUAAGAUUUUUAAUGUUUUAAAAGUGUAUACAAAUGCAUUCGUGAGUCUAAUACAAGUGGUUACUUGAGUAACAUGUAAAUGAAAUGGUUUGUCCCAACAGAAGCAAGCCAACUUCAUUUGUGUGAGUGCCUAGCAGCAAUCGGCUCUGAAUGUCCCAGUGCCUUGGAUGCUGUGUCCCCCCAAAUCUUGGCCAGUCUGACCAAGACCAUCAGCCACAGCCAUCGUCAGUUGUCCCAAGUUCAGGUCAUUUUUCUGUUUCAAUAUAAGGGAAAUAGUAAACGACUUAGAAAAUGGGAUUUAAGCAAGUCUCUCAGCUAUGUGUUCACCAUAGUCUAGGCAGUCUCUCAUCUAUGUGUUCACAAGAGUCUAGACAGUCUCUCAGUUAUGUGUUCACAAUAGUCUAGACAGUCUCUCAGCUAUGUGUUCACGAUAGUCACAGUCUCAGCUGUGUGUUCACCAUAGUCAAGGCAGUCUCUCAUCUAUGUGUUCACAAUAGUCUAGGCAGUCUCUCAGUUAUGUGUUCACAAUAGUUGAGACAGCCUCUCUCUUUCUUUUGAUAUUUAAAUAGAGUUGUACUAAUAAGAUAUAGGGAUCUUAACUUUCAAAGCCAUGUGUUCAUGAUAGUCCAGACAUUCUCUCAGCUGUGUUAAUGAUGGUCUAGACCAGGGGUCGGGGACCUUUUUGUCUGGGAGAGCCAUGGACACCACAUAUUUUGAAAAGUAAUUCUGUGAGAGCCAUACAUUAUGUUUAAAACUAAAAAUUCAAGUGAAUGUGUGCAUUUUGUGUAAUUUCAACACUAAAAAUGCAAUAAUCAUGUCUCUGAAUUCUCUUUAAUAACAUUGUUAUGCUGUUGCUAAUGAAAUAUUGAUAUGCAAUUAAUAUGCAGAUCAAAGGAGUCGAAAGAAAAAAAUUUUUUGUAAUGGAACAUUUGUCUGCGAGCCAGAUGCAGCCAUCAAUAGAGCCACAUCUGGCUCGCGAGCCAUAGGUUCCCGACCCCUGGUCUAGACAGUCUCUCAGCUGUGUUAAUGUUGAUCUAGACAGUCUCUCAGCUGUGUUAAUGAUUUUGAAUUGAUUGAAUACUUAUAUAGCGCUAAGUAUCCAUGCUAUCUUAGCAUGCUCACUGCAAUGGUCUAGACAGUCUCUCUGUUAUGUGUUGAUGAUAAUUUUUUCCCAGACUAAUAGGUAAUAUGGGAUCACAACUUUCAAGAAAGGCUCUACUUUCUUAUUGGUCUGUAUGGACAGUUUAGAUUUGUUUUAAGGAUUAGAUACAUUUAAUACGGCUACAAUUAAUGAAGAUACAUAUAAUAAUAAUAAUAAAGGGUCUUAAAUAGCGCUGUACCCCAGCCUGGGGCUGGGCUCACCGCGCUGUACAUAAAAAUUUUAUCAAAAGAGACAUAAUCAUGACAUUAAAAUAAAAUACAUUUAUGAAAUAUAGAACAGCAAAAAAAAUGUAUAUUCACCCACCCCAACACAUAACUUUUACAAGGCAAACCAUGGACGGCAGCCAGCAAGAUUGUUUAUCAGUCAGAGGAGGGGAAUCACUCAGGGUAAUACCUGUAAAAUUAAUGAAAUACAAACUAAAAAACUUAACAUGACUGGGAGAAAUUUACUGUUUGAAAAAUUAUUGUUUUAUUAUUUUGUAACCAUUUCCUGAACUGCUAGGAACCAACAACGGUGUUAUUUUUCUGUGAUUAAUAUUAUAAACAUGCGACAAAACUAAAUCAUAGAAGAAAACAAGGAAAUGUACAUAUUAAGAUGCAAUUUAAAAUAAAAAGAAAUUUUCUGUACGGUAACUGAUAAAAUUAAAUAUUGCUGCGGUUAUCCAUUAGGCUACUUCCUUUUAAGCCAUUGUUUGAUGUCCUGUGUGUUUCAGGUUCACAUGUGUACACUCUUAUUUCAAGCAAGUUGUCAGAAGCCGAUGAGUGCUCCCAUCCAUGGCCAGGUGAUGGCCUGCAUCGCCCAGGCCAACCAUUGGGUGGCCUACAAAGUGGCACGUCAGGCAAUGAGAUAUUCACAGUACCAAGUGGCUUAUGCCAUUCUCAAAACUUUGAAUCUGCAGGUAGAGACUUUGUUUGUUUCUUUUAUUUUUAACAUUUAAAUUUUGGUAGAGCCUUAAAUUGCUACAUUGAAAUGUUAUUCCCCCAGUCACAAAUGGGUUAAAGAACAGAGCGCCAUUGUUGUUCAGGUAACUUAUAGGGUGGACGGAAAUUAAUUCUUUCUGCAAUAUUAUGUUUCUGGCUUUCCAGACUUGGCAUGAUAAUUUUGGGGUUAACAGCGGAAGUUCCUAAGUUACUGGAAAUGAAGGGGCAGGGAUGUGUUAAUACAUAACAUUCCUGGACCACCUCUAGAGGUAGAGCAUUGUAUGUAAGAGAGAACUCUUUGAGACAUAGACAGUUGGGUUAGGGAUAGAGUUUGGACGGUCUAUCUGAAGUGACAACAGACUUAGUGGUAGUAGUCAAAUAUAGACCUAAGGAUAGAAAGUUUGGGAAGUGUCAGAGUUAGGAAAGAGCCACUACUGGAUUUGUUUUACUAUAUUCAUCAAUACAUAUCUUCUUUAUAAUUGUUGCCGAGGAGUUGUUUGCUGAUUUAUUAGUGUCCUGUCUAUGCUUCGUUGUUAUCUUCAAUGCCUGGACUGAUGAGCCACCACAGAGAGGAGCGGUCCUGUAUUAGUCACAAUGAUACCACUUGUUAUGGGACCAUAAGUAUGGGCCAUGCCGCACAAUACCAUCCAUUCUGUGAAACCCCCCACUUUUGUUAUUUUCUUUCCACUUUUCAAAUUGAUGUGUACACUGUUGUCCUGGCAGGUUGUGACAGAGCAGGUCCACUAUUGGUUAUUAGGACUGCAGCAUGCGUGCGCUGCAGAGAAUCACCUGAAACAAGCCAAAAAUGAUCACUCAGAUCUGAUCCAUUGUAUUGCUGAUGCAGUGAAGAUGUAUGUCAAAAGUCAUGUCACCUUAAAGGUCAGAUGUCACCAUUGACAUUUUUUUUAUGUGUCGCAAUAAAUUUGUCGGCUGGAAACUUAUUCAAUGAGAAUAUAUUUAAAUAUGCACAGUAUGAUAAGAUAUGUAAGACUUCAUACAAUAGGAUAAAAUAAAAUUUUAAGCAAACAUUUUUUUACAUUCAUCAUCAUUCUGAAGCUGUCCCAGUGCCAUAUGCCAAGAAAUUCUUUCCAUUUUCUCCAUGUAUCUAUUCUUUCUAACCCACUCUAUUUUGGAUUAAUAACUAGUCUUAAAAAAUUGAUCAUGGUAAUUUUUGUCUUGGGUAAAUUUUUAAAAUCUGGUAAAUUUUUAAAUCUAGUUAGUUUACUCAUAUUUUUAAUACAAUUUCAGGCUGCAGGCACCCCCAACACCCCACUGGAGUUUGCUUGUGCAUAUGUGACCAUGCGUAUGCGAGUCCUCCAAGCCCACCACCUCCUGCUCUUGUCUUACUCCUCCUUCAAUUCAAAACCUCCGCCUGCCAUUUCCACAGCAUUAGCUGCCACCAAUGGACAGGAAGGGACAAGGUGGGCCCAAGUGGUCAAUCAGGUAUGAUUCAAUCAGGUCAAUCAGGUACAAUCACUUGAAUUAAUAUUCCAUUAUGUUUAAUUUUUUUUUUCCCUAUAUUAUCUAUAUGGUGCUGGCAUUUAAAUUAUAUUAUAAUUAUAUAUAUAUAUAUAUAUAUAUAUAUAUAUAUAAAUUUAAAUACAUAACUCAUAUUCAAUAUUGACAGAAAUGUUUUUAGUGCAGUGUUAUCUGUCUACAUAUAGAGAAAGGGACAAGGUGGGCACAAGUGGUCAAUCAGGUAUGAUUCAAUCAGGUCAAUCAGGUACAAUCACUUGAAUUAAUAUUUCAUUAUUUUUUAUUUUUUUUUUCCCUAUAUUAUCUAUAUGGUGCUGGCAUUUAAAUUAUAUUAUAAUUAUAUAUAUAUAUAUAUAUAUAUAUAUAUAUAUAUAAAAUUAAAUUCAUAACUCAUGUCCAAUAUUGACAGAAAUGAUUCUAGUGCAGUGUUAUCUGUCUACAGCUAGAGAAGUGCUAUAAGGAGUAUGAGGAGGCCAACUGUCUAGCUUCAAAUCUCUACAAGUCUUCUUUUGAUGCAGAUCCCGCCUCCUUGCUUAAUAUCAACAUGUAUCCUUUGGAAGUUUAAAUUUUGAAAAUCACCGCAAUGCCGUUCAGACAUUAUUAUGAAUUUCAUUUUAUUUGAUUUUUCUGUAUCUCUCAAUUAGCUUAUUUUGUUAUUUAAAAUCAUUGCAUUGCUUUCUUCAAAUGUUAAGAUAUUUUGUUGACACUGGAAAGCAAAAGUCAUUUUAAAAAACUUAUUUUAUAAUGGUGAUGGGAACAGAGUCAGGAGCAGCACAUGAGGUUCUAAGAGGUUGGAAAGCAAUUAUUUCUAUAGAAAAUAGAUGAUCUGUCAAAAGCAGUUAUAAACCGGGUACCGGUAUCUAAAAAGAAUUUAAGCCACUGAUAAUCAUAUUAUGUUGAGAAAAAUUAAAUCGCAACUUGGUUUACUAGUAUGUGUAAAAAUGGGUUGGGUGUUAUUUGAAAAAGUACCCGAUGCUCAAACAGUUGUCCUUAGCUUACCUAACCAGGAUACAACACAGCUGCAACUGUAUCAAGUCUCUUAUCUCUACCAUCAUUACUACCAUACAAACAGGGUAAGUCAAACGGACAGGAGAACUUAAGUGACGAUGAAGCUAUGUAAGCGGUAUAUUGUAUAGCCUUUGAAUCAGACCAAGUUUUUUUUAAAAUUUCAGCUGCAUUAACUGAAUUAGAUAAUAAAAUAUUUAACCACCACAAGGAAGACAUAUAAUUAUUACUUAUAUUAUAACACUAGUAACCAGUUAAUGUAAAACAAGAUGGUAAAAUUAAACAGUUUGUUUUGCAAUAAAUUAUAUCUGCAUUAAUUAUGGUAUUGUAUACUGGUACCCAGUGGCGUAGCUAAGGGAUGCAGACUGCACCGGGUGACACCAAAUUGAAAAAUUCCAUUUUUACAGAGCAGCCACUGCUCAAUCUAACUGAAUUUCAUAAAAGGAUAACCGAUCACAAAUUAAUUUUUCCACACAUGUAACCAAUCCAAAUGCAUGCUUUAUUAAAAGUUCAAGGUUGAUGCGUCGGAAAUACUGUUACCCAGUGGCGUAGCUGGGGAUGCGGACUGCACCGGGUGACACCAAAUUGAAAAAUUCCAUUUUUACAGAGCAGCCACUGCUCAGUCUAACUGAAUUUCAUAAAAGGAUAACCGAUCACACAUUAAUUUUUCCAUACAUGUAACCAAUCCAAAUGCAUGCUUUAUUAAUUAAAAGUUCAAGGUUGAUGCAUCGGAAAUGAGGUGACCCUUUAAUUAGGUCAGAAAAAAUCCGUUUUAACCAUGAUUCAAUUCAGUUUGAAGUGUCUGUAACUUUCGUAAGUGACAGGAAGCUAUAUUUAUCUAAUUCUGAGAAAUAAAACUUUCCAUAGAUACCAAAAUGAUGUGGUCAGGCGAUUCUAAGUACCUGUACAUGAAGCGAAUCCAUUUUUUUUAAAAUGACUUUUUACCCAUUAAUAUUUUACAAAAUUUCGAUCUUUUAAUAAUUUAUUUUAAAAAUUUUUUAAGUAGGUUUUUGAAACCAAAUAUAAAGGAACCCAGGUUUACUCCAGUAUAAAUAUUUUCGCUGAUUCGUCACUAGCAUCGCCCUCUUAACAUUGGAGCAUGAUUGUUAUAAAGCACAAGGUCUUUAUCAUGCUGUCUGUGAUUUCACAUUUAUCUGCUACCUUUACCUAUGGGCUGAUCUACUUGAGGAAGUUAAUCUUACACAGCAGUAUCUGCAGACUAAACGCUUUACUCUUGACAAUGUGGUGACCAAUCUAGAGGCCUUAACAUUGUUUCUGAAGUUUGCGCAGGAGAAGCGCUGUCGCAUGGUGAAACAUGCUAUUGAACAGGCACUUUUAAAUCAGACCAAUGUGGAAUUUCGGUAGAGAGGAAAAUAAGAUUUAAGAAGAGAAUGGCAGGAUAACAUCGACGUUAUAACACCAAGGACAGUCUGGUUUUGGUAAUGUUUUGUUGCUGCAUCCAUGUACUGGCAUCUUUGCAACGGUUGGGGAUAUGAUGUUGCUAUUCUAACAGCUCCUAGCUGAUGCCAGGGCAGCCUUGAAACUUUCGACCGAUGUCGAGUUCACAGUGGCAUCGUUCAGGUGGUUCCAUGCUAUUAUUGUGCGUGGGAAGAAAGAUUGUUGAUACUACACUGUGUUGCACUAAAGCACUUUGAAGCAUUUGCUAUUGUUUCUGGUGUAAUUUUUUAUGGGAAUGUCAGUGGUGAAGUCAGUGUUCAGCGUUUUGCUCUGAUCAGUCUACCUGGCUUCUGUGGGGCUAGGUAUGUUCCUGCUGGGAUGGCCGGCACCAGUUCCAUGAUCACUUUAUAUAAGAAUAUCAGGCGGAGUCCCUCUCGUCUGUCUUGGGGAGGGGAGGGGGCUAUCAAAUCUUUUUAAGAGGCCAGUGACGAAGCCAGGAAUGGUGGAUUUGUAGGGUCGAGCGAUAAAACGCAUCGCGUUAUGUUGAAUUCGCUCCAUCGCGUCCACGUCUUGUUUAAGGUGUGGGUCCCAGAUGAUUGCACCAUAUUCCAGUAGUGGACGGACGAGUGCGAGAUAGGCAUUUCGUUUGCAGGAAGUUGGGCAGUGGCGCAAAUUUCUUCGGAUGAAACCUAGGGUGGAGUUGGCUUUUUUUUUAAUUUUGUUUAUAUGGGGUGACCAUUUUAGAUUAUUUGAGAAGAGAAUUCCAAGGUAUGGACUAUUGGAUACAUGUUGGGGGAUUGUCUCGUUUAGUGAGUAAAUAUGAGUUGAUGUUUUUUUUCUUGAGAUUGUCAUAGUGUAGCAUUUGGUUUCAUUAAAUUUCAAGCCCCAUUUGUCCGCCCAAUUCAUAAGGCACUUCAAAUCUGUUUGAAGGUGGUUGUGGUCAUCGUUGCUGUUUAUCUCUCUGUAGAUAAGACAGUCGUCAGCGAACAGCCGCACUUGAGAAUUAACUGUAUCGCGUAGGUCGUUUAUGUGACAGAGAAAGAGAAGGGGGCCCAGCACUGUGCCUUGUGGAGAUCCCGAGUCUACGGUGGGUUUCCCUGAUUGGGCACCGUCCACCACUACUUGCAUGUCAAGGCUUUCUAAUCUGGCUCUACUAUUAUUCAAGUGACACAGUGAAGGAUAUUGAUUUUGAUCAAAUGAAGACCAGGAAGAUUUUUAAUAAAGUAAAUUUAAUGUAAAAUAACUAUAACUUAACGUUGUUACAGUUCUUAAAUACAUUUACGUCCUGACCUUCAAUUAAUUUUUUUUAUGUUCUUGUCAUUGUUAUACCGUGGACUUAUUUUAGCAAGAAGAAAUCCAUCAUGGAAGUCACUGCUGGUACCGGUACCUGUUAUAGACUGAACUAAAAUAUUUUAAAAUUUCAUCACUUUUGCUAAAUACAGAUGCAAUGGGGGUUUGGUCAGCAGUCAUCCUUGCAAAUCAAGAAUAGUCAACAAAUCCAUGAAUUAUCUGUAUUAAAAUGUUGCUGUAUGCGCAGACUGUAAAUAAUUAAAAGAACAAUGUGCCAAUGAUUUUCAGUUAUUAAUUUAUUAAUCCAUGGUAGUUUUUUUAAUUUGUAUUACCGUACAUAAUACAGCAAGAAUGUUAAGUUGUCACUUUUUAUGACAAAUUGACAUCGAAUGGUUUAAAGGCACACACUUCUAUUGCUGCCCACAGAUACUACUUACCAGCUAAGUGCUAUUUUUUAUUUUUAUACCGUUUUUUCUGUUGUUUUGUUCGCUGACGAAGGCUUUCUGCCGACACGUUCGCUGUUUUGUUGCGUUUAUUUUUUCAGGUUUAACCCUACUCUGUUUUACUCAUUUUAUUUUGUACUAACCUGAUUGCAGUCUCUCCCCUUAUUACCCCUAUCAUCAACUACAGUUGGCGUUUACCAGAUUGGAUUUAUUCAGCAUCAUCUCUAUAAUUUUUAAAUUUUAUAUAACAGACAAAGCAAUCUUGGGGAAUGCCAAUUCCUAACUUCAAAAAAGAGUGAAACUGCAUCAAGUAUGGCUGCCACACUGAGUGUCAUGCAAGAAAUCUCUAGUGCUAUGGACAAAAUUUUACCAGAGACCAGCUCUUCAGCUGUUAUAUCACAUAAGGUAAACAUGAUGCCUCCUUUAUUUUUCCCCAAGUAAUUUAAAUUUUAAUGCCAACAUUUUUGUCAUUUCCCAAACUGUGCUCAGAUGGUAUUUAAAAGAGCUGCCCAACAGAUAUUAGCACACUAGAUACAUACAAACAUAACAAAAAAUUUUUACAAAUUUUCUUGAAUUCUGCCAGCUUGUGGAUAUUCUGUCCUCAUCAGUGGCAGGAUUUGUACAAGCCUUACCCAGUUUCCCAAGAUUCUUUUUCCAGACGUUACAGAAUACUGUAGUCAAGGUAUGAAUCUGUCAUUUUCCAUGGCUUAAUACAUCAAAUCAUUAGAACACAAUUAGGUGGUACCUAAAAAAAUGCAAAGUUCUUGAAUCUGAAUGAGAAAGCUACUGUUGGUACCUGUACUUAUUUGUCUUUGUUCAUUUUGUCAUUGAUUACAAUAGUUUCCUAUUGGGCAUUAAUAAAAUCUACAUCAUUGAGCCUGUUUGUUCAGAUUCAAUCAAACUCGAAGUACGAUUUGGAACAUUCAGGUCAUAGAAAUGUAAAUAAUUAUGUUUCUCUCCCUGUUUUAUCAUCACUAGAAGUUUCUUUUUCAGUUGGCUGUCUCACCCCAGCAAAGUGCCAAUCAGGAGCCAAUACCCCUUAGAGCAGACACUCAUCUUUCUCUGCGUGUCGAGGGUGUGGUACAGCAUGGUGAACGUCCAGCGCUUUUCCGUAAAGUCAGUUCUGUGAUCAUUACUGUCAGUACCAGUCUGGUCAGUAGGAGCAGUGCCAUUAAUCCAAAUGCUAAGGUCAGUGCUUUUUUAAAAAUUAACCCUAUAAGUGUCAUAAAGGCCAAUCAUCGGCGUUAUAACCCUUUCUGUGAGGUAUACCCCUAGCAAAAUCGUCAUUAAAAAUAAAAAUGCAUAUGAUUUAAUGUACCCCGGUGUAUCGGUUAAAGGGUAAUCACUCUGUAUUAAUAAGUUUGCCUCCUAUUUCUGUGACUAUCUGUGUGUUAAACCUGCUUUUAUUACGGGUUUUUUUGUGAUUAAUCGGGUGUGAAAUUUUUUCACUGCCAUAAUUUCUGAUGCUGGAGAGGGUCCCCAUAGAUUGCAAAAUCAACAGACUUUCUUUAUUGGAAUUAUUUUAAAUGAAUUAAAAUAAAAGCAAUUAUUUCAGAGAUAUUCCACAUGCUAUUAAUGACAAUAUUAGCUGUAGGGAUGAUGGUGACAUGAGAGUCAGAUAUUGACAAUUUCAGCCAUAAGCUGUGGUAUUGUUGCAGACAAAUUCAUUUGGGAAAGGGUGGAAAUUGAAAGAAGAAGACAAAGAUUGGAUCCCAAAGAGUUCAAAGCCCUACCCCAAAGACAUUUAUGUUUGUGAAUGUUCUUGAGUUUUAAUUUUAAAAAUGGAUUUAAUAACUUCACAAUUGAAAAGAAAUUUUUGAUCUCAUUUCAUGCCUUUCCCCUUGUAGUGAAUGAAAAAAAUUCACCAAUAUUACAAUUUUCAAUAUAAGUAACUAUAACUUGACGUUUUCUGAAAGAAUAUUGCGUUAAUAUCCCAAAGAAUUAAUGUUAUUAUAGUUAAACAAUUUAUGGAGUAUCAAGUUGGUUGAAUUCAGAAAUUGAGUAGUAAAAUUUUACUGACUCUGUACAUCUGUACUGUCAAGGUCAACAUCAAAAUACAUAAUGUAAAAACAAAUUCUUUUCAUACCAUGAGAUAUAAAACUUUGUCCAGUGUACUUUAACUUUAAGAAAAUGUAUACUACUUGUAAGGAUCUCUGAAUUCAUUUAGUACAGUACCGGUAUGGGAUUUUUCUCAUUUUUGACAAGCAUAUGAUAAUGCUACAAAUGGCUGAAACUACAGAAAUAUAUUCUGGACAGCGAUAGGUUUUUAAAAAAAUGACAAUUAAGAUGCUUAAUAAUUAACAAUACAAACAGUAAGUAAAUUCAAGAAUAAAUGUUCAGCGGAAAAGGAGAGGAGCACAUUCAAUUCAAGAUUGAUUUAAAAUUUAGUUUAGGCAAUUAUUAUAAAUUAAUAUGAAGGAUUUUUGUUUUCUUCCUUAUCAGACCAAUGAAAACACAAGUGUUCAGAUGAGCCAGACGGUCCAGCCACACAAUGAUUACUUUAGCACUAGCUUUGUCUUACCUUUCUCUAUUUUGGGCAUUCAUGUAGUCAAAGUAAGUUCAUAGUCAUAUGACAAUUUUUAAAACAAAGUGCCUUCUCUGUAAAGAUAAUACAAAUUUCUCUUGAGAUCUUUUACUCUGAGCAGUUACGAGGACAUGCAUUCUGCCAUUAUCAGUGUCAUUGUAAUUAUCUGUAUUAAGUGGGUACGCCAAAAAUAGACCUUUAAAAGGUCAAACUCCCUCCGGAGAGACUCAGACUAUGGUAACUGAAAGUAAAGCAGUUAAUCUGUUUUCAGAUUUAAUAUUUAAAUGUAAACAUUUACAGGUUUCAAAAUAUUCAUGUAUCUUCUAAGGUUGAGGCAGGUGUGGUGGACGAGAACGGUGUCGGCUGGAGCACAGGCCCACGGACAAGUGUAACUGUUAAGUCCUACGAUGACAGCAUUCUUAGACAGCAACAAAUUCGUGCCAGAGCAACACAGCAGCAAACAACCAGUCAGCAGUAUAUGCAAACUCCUCACAUUUGAUUUUUUAAUGUUCAUCAGAUGUAACCAAAAAGUCAGCUGACAGGAGGCUCUUAUUAUGUUGUAUCAAAUUGUGUUAUUGAAAUGUGUGGCUAAACAAUGUCAAAAAAAAAGACUAGUGUCAGCAAUUUCUGAAUGGUCACUAAAUUGAGACUUGACAAAUUUUGUCUAACCUGCACCUGAAAUGACCUGUUAGUUUCAAUGAUAAAAUAUGUAUGUAUAUAAAAUUGUUGCUUUAAUAACAUUAAAUUAUUUAUAACUUUAAGAAUUUUUUGUGAAUUUUUACCGGGUAUCAUACCGUGAUUUUUAUAAGCCAGGUUUUAAGCAAAUACAAUUAGUGUUGAGCCAUGAGAAAAUUCAUGCUUAUCUUGAAAUUAAUUACAGCAAUGGCUGUCCUUUUCAAUAAACUCGGUGGUUGUUUUCUCCCUAUCUUUAAUAGUAUUUAUUUAUGAUUAACUUGAAAAUACUUAAAAAAUCAAGAAACAGUUCAAAAUAUUUUAUUGAAUACACAAAUGAAAAAAAAAAAGAAUCAGCAUGACAU